AUGAAACUGAUCGGAUUUCUUCUGUGUUCUGUGGCCGCGGCCAGCAUUCCGGCAAAUGCAAGUGAUGUGAAUACGGAGCAGGAGCAGAUUCGAACAGCAUUACCCUGGCUAUAUCUUUUGGCGCUAACGGCAGGCCGUCCACAGAUACCUAUCCUCAGACCCCAAGAUGAGACGCUGCCCAUCACAAACACUGCGAUCAUGAAACAGCCCCAGUCCGAUGAGAUACUGAACUCCGAGCAAACCAACAACGAGGUGCGAGAGCAGUUCCUCCAAGGAAUUCUUCUGGGCCUACAGCAGCCAGGAUCCGCCACAGUUUCACCCGCUGUGCUCUCAGACUUUCUUGCCCAGGCCACAACUACUACCACACGAAAUGAGGAUGAGGACGUUGACUACAUAGACUUUAAGAAUGGAUCGCGCAUCAAAUACGAUUUGGAUGAUGCCGAGCAGCCGGCUAAUAAAAUUCUGCAGCGGACUACCAGUCGUCCGGCUCCGAGUCCGCCGCAAAACACUGCCCUUUAUUAUAGAACUCCACCCAGAUACGUUUACUAUAGACCUAUAUAUGGGUCUACGCCAUAUUAUUAUCGAGUUGGAUAUCCUACUACUAUUAUUAAUCGGUGAUAAAGUAAUAAAGAAAAUAAUAAUCAUAGGGAAAGAUGGUUUGUAAAAUAGCUUUGUCUUGCAGUAGGUCCAUUAUGAUAGCCCAUUAGUGGACUAAGUUAUGGGAAUUAAGCUUUCAGUUCACUUCUGUGAUUUCGCUAGCCAAAACCAAUAA